UGUGAUGCUUGCCUGCAUGACUGUCUCCCAGAGGUACCUCCUUGAUUCCUCUGCACGCUGAGCAGCCGUACCUGCCAGGCGGCAUCCUCCAACCCCGGCAGUAUUCUUCAUCUCCGGCAGCACCAUCCGUUGGCAGGCAGCAGCCACUCGUCCCCAACAGAAUCCAGCUCCUGGCAGCAGCCUCCAUCCUUCAGCAGCCUCCAUUUCUUAGCAGGCAAAACCAGCCAUCCCCCACCCCAGCAUCACCCAUGCUCUAGCAUCAUCCAUCCCCAACCACAUCCAGGCCCUGCAGCCCUUUGCUCCCACUCCUCCCGAUGGGACAGCUACCCACAUGAGCACCGAUGCCAACCACCUGCCUGCAGGAUCCCAGAAGGUGAGUGGGGCUAUGUGGACUCCAUCCAGCUGGAUGGCUUCCGACGUCCCUCCCAAUGCCAGCACCUCCUUGGCACAGCUAGAUCAGUGGCAAAGGGCGGAGGAGUGGGAUGGCAAUGCCGGAGAGGUUGCGGGCACGGUAGUAAUCCAAUGUAUCUACGCCCUGAUGUGCCUGCUGGGGCUGCUCGGCAACUCACUGGUGAUCUUCGUCAUCCUGCGCUACGCCACGAUGAAGACGGCCACCAACAUUUACCUGCUCAACCUGGCCAUCGCCGACGAGCUCCUCAUGCUCAGCACCCCCUUCGUGGCAGCCUCGGCUGCACUGCGCCACUGGCCCUUCGGCCGGGCCCUGUGCCGCACCGUGCUGGGCGUGGACGGGCUCAACAUGUUCACCAGCGUCUUCUGCCUGACCGUGCUCAGCCUGGACCGCUACAUUGCCGUGGUGCACCCGCUGCGGGCAGCCACCUACCGCCGGCCCCGGGUGGCCAAGAUGGUCAACGGAGGGGUAUGGCUGCUCUCGCUUCUGGUGGCCUCGCCCAUCCCCAUCUUCGCCAGCACAGCCGCCACACAUGAUGGCCGAGCGGUGGCCUGCAACCUGCUGUGGCCUAGUCCGGCCUGGUCAGCUGCCUUUGUGGUCUACACGACCUUGCUGGGCUUCCUGCUGCCGGUGCUGGCCAUGGCCCUCUGCUACCUGCUGAUUGUGGGCAAGAUGCGGGCGGUGGCUCAGCGGGUGGGCUGGCAGCAGUGGCGGCACUCGGAGGGGAAGCUGACCCGGCUGGUGUUGAUCGUGGUGGCCAUGUUCGUGGUGUGCUGGAUGCCCUUUUACGUGGUUCAGCUGGUGAAUCUGCUGCUGCCCGGCCACCUGGACGCCACAGUGAACAAUGCCUCUCUCAUCCUCAGCUACUCCAACAGCUGUGCCAACCCUAUCCUCUACGGCUUCCUCUCGGAGAGCUUCAGGCACUCCUUCCGUGGGGUGCUACGGCAGUGCUAGGCCACCUUCUGCUGCUGCCGCCACCGGGAACUGGAUGCCAGGAGGAAGAGGAGGAGGAGACCGCUAGAUUACAGUGCCGUCCCCAAGGGGGAGGAGAUGAGCAAGGGCUGCGUGUGCCCAUCUUUGCAUUGCCAGCCGGAGCCGGUGCACCCUGAGCCCUGCUGUACACCUGGCACCCUCCUUGCAAAGACCACCACCUUCUAGACUGGCAUGUGUUCCUCCUCCUGGGACCCCUGCCUGCCAAAAGGGUGCCUCCUCCUGCCCGGCCCCCGCCGUGCAGGACCAGCAUCUUGUAAUGAGCACCAUCGCCCUGCUGCUGCAUCUCACCCUUCAGAAACAGACGAACGGGAUAAAGAAGCCUGCGUAAGUCCUCAGCCUGAGAGCCAUUUGCUUCUAGGUUGGCUCCUGCCUUUGGGCUGUGGCUGGGAUGGGGGCUUGUAUGGCUGCUGGGUAAGCUGGCUGAGAGACCUGCCCCUGCUUUUUUUUCAAUUUGGGCAGCUGGGCUUGUUUCUGAUCGAUUCCUUCUGUAGCCUGAGCAGUCCCUUGCCACUGAGACCUUGGGGACCACGCUUGAGUAAGGUGCCACUCAAGGUGGCAAAGGGUCUAGAAUGAGGAUUAUCUUAACCACUCCCAUCCCAGGCAUUUGCUCACAGGGCAGGAGUUUUCUGUUGGCUUCUCUGACAUGGGUUGUUUCCUAGGAGCCUGCUCAGCACAAGAGGGAUAUGAUACAGGUUAAUGGUCAGCUUUGGGUCCACAUCCUGAGCCCAAUGACUUCAGGAGGAGUUUUUCUGCAGAUCUCACUGGGAAUAGGCUCAGCCCUUCUAAGGUCAGGCUGAUUAAAAUGAGAGAGAGAGAGAGAGAGAGAGAGAGAGAGAGAGAGAGAGAGAGAGAGUAUCUCUUCUUUAAUCUUUUGUGACCAGUGUUUGGAAAGGGAUGUGCCAUCCUCAGCAAUUUAUUAUUAGAUUUUCAGAAGGGCACAAUUCCCAUUAAGAACAAUGGGGGCUGCAGGGUCCUUUUGAAAAUCCACCCAUUAACCUAAUAAAGUGUCUCUAAAGGGAAAAUAGUACCCUAGUUUGCAGAAAGUACAAUGAGUGACAGUAAACUAACCCCAAAGUACUGAUUUAAGGCUCAAUCUAGCUCCGAUUUAGUGAAUGAGAAUUUUGCCAUUGACAUGAACAUAAACAGAAUCCAGACUUUUUAAAUGCUUGAGGUUCUUUUAGAUCCUUAGAAAGAGCAACGGUGGAUAGGACUGAGCUGCAGUUGUGCCAUGAAUGAUCCGAUCUGUAAUUGUGCCAUAGAAAAAUAAAAAGCCAUAAUGUUGGCCUGUAACGCUGUUAUUAUUAUCCCUUAGGAUUACAUUACGGGAGUGGUUUUGUGUUUUAAACAAACAGCCUUCACAACAUACAAGAUCUUUAGGCAUAAAAAAUGGGAAGCUACAGUCUAAACUGUAUCCCGGUGAAUCAGCAAUAAAUCCUAACCAUGAACCGAUUCCGAAGGUUUGGAUAGUCGGGAGUUUUGUUCCACCCUCCGCAAAAUU